CCUUUUCUGUCGCCCGCUCUCCCUGCUGCUCUCGCUGGCUGGCGUGCUCGCUCCAGGACUGGGGCGGCCGGGAAGGGGCGGCGGCGGCUGAGGAGUGGGCAGGUCGUCAUGGCCGCCUCUAAGCCCCUGGAGGCGGCGGUGGCGGCGGUCCCCAGCGCCGGCAGCGGGGUGGGGAGCGGGGCUGCUGGUCCCGGCGUGGGGGGCCUGCCUCGCUGGCAGCUGGCGCUGGCGGUCGGGGCGCCGCUCCUCCUGGGCGCGGGCGCCGUGUACCUGUGGAGCCGGCAGCGACGACGGCGGGACACGGGCAGCGGCGGCCGGGGCGAUACCGGGGGCGGAGGCCUCAAACGGAACAGCGAGAGGAAAACCCCCGAGGGCAGAGCCAGCCCUGCCCCAGCCGGGGUGGGCAGCGGCCACCAGGACGGCACCGGCGCCCACGAGGAGAUGAGUCCUCUUGACAGAGCCCAAGCAGCCAAGAACAAAGGCAACAAGUAUUUUAAAGCAGGAAAGUAUGAACAAGCCAUUCAGUGCUAUACAGAGGCCAUCAGUUUAUGUCCUACAGAGAAAAAAGCUGACCUUUCUACAUUUUAUCAGAACAGAGCUGCUGCAUUUGAGCAAUUGCAAAAGUGGAAAGAGGUGGCACAAGAUUGUACAAAAGCUGUUGAGCUCAAUCCCAGAUAUGUGAAAGCUCUUUUUAGACGUGCAAAAGCCCAUGAGAAACUAGACAAUAAGAAAGAGUGUUUAGAAGAUGUCACAGCAGUUUGUAUUUUAGAAGGUUUCCAGAACCAACAAAGCAUGUUGUUAGCUGAUAAAGUUCUUAAACUUCUUGGAAAAGAAAAGGCCAAAGAGAAAUACAAGAAUCGUGAACCUCUAAUGCCAUCUCCACAGUUCAUUAAAUCUUACUUUAGUUCCUUCACUGAUGACAUCAUAUCUCAGCCUAUGCUUAAAGGAGAGAAGUCCGAUGAAGAUAAAGACAAGGAAGGAGAAGCAUUAGAAGUAAGAGAAAAUUCUGGAUAUUUAAAAGCCAAGCAGUAUAUGGAAGAAGAAAACUAUGAUAAGAUCAUAAGUGAGUGCACAAAAGAAAUAGAUGCACGAGGUAAAUACACAGCUGAAGCCUUGUUGCUACGAGCCACCUUCUACUUGCUUAUUGGCAAUGCCAAUGCAGCUAAGCCAGAUUUAGAUCAGGUCAUCAGCAUGGAAGAUGCUAAUGUGAAGCUUCGUGCAAAUGCCCUGAUUAAAAGAGGCAGCAUGUAUAUGCAACAACAGCAGCCUUUGCUCUCUACUCAGGAUUUUAACAUGGCUGCUGAUAUUGAUCCUCAAAAUGCAGAUGUUUACCACCACCGAGGACAGUUAAAGAUCCUCCUUGAUCAGGUUGAAGAAGCAGUUGCAGACUUUGAUGAAUGUAUUAGAUUACGACCUGACUCAGCCCUAGCCCAAGCUCAAAAGUGUUUUGCACUGUAUCGGCAAGCUUACACAGGAAACAAUUCUACACAAGUUCAGGCAGCUAUGAAAGGCUUCGAAGAUGUCAUAAAGAAAUUUCCAAGAUGUGCUGAAGGCUAUGCAUUGUAUGCCCAGGCACUAACAGAUCAGCAACAGUUUGGUAAAGCAGAUGAAAUGUAUGAUAAAUGUAUUGACUUGGAACCAGACAAUGCCACAACGUAUGUUCAUAAAGGUUUGCUUCAGCUUCAGUGGAAGCAAGAUCUAGAUAAAGGCUUGGAGCUUAUUAGCAAAGCCAUUGAAAUUGACAACAAGUGUGAUUUUGCAUAUGAAACAAUGGGAACUAUUGAAGUGCAGAGGGGAAACAUGGAUAAAGCCAUUGACAUGUUCAACAAGGCAAUUAAUCUGGCCAAAUCUGAAAUGGAAAUGGCACACCUCUAUUCACUUUGUGAUGCUGCCUAUGCUCAGACAGAAGUUGCAAAGAAAUACGGAUUAAAACCUCCUACAUUGUAAAACAGCUGGGAAAGGAAAAAUGACCCACUUUUUAGACGUUUGCCCAUACUUCAACCAAGCCCUACAGAUGAGAUCACAGACCGUGGUGAAUGGUGGAACUUAGUUUUUUUCCGUUUGUGGUGUUUGUCAUUUGUUACAUCUGUUUAAUGUUUAGGUGUUGUGGGAGUGGCUGUUCAAGGAAGUAUGCAGUGUUGAAGCUUAUUCCCUAAUGCAACAGAAGGGGAUAUCCAAAACAAUGUUGCAGAGGGAACAAAGGAUAUUUUGGCCAUGCAAAUAAAAACUGAUUUGUUCAUUGGGGGGAGGAGGGAAGUGAUUAUGUUUUGGAUGAUUUUGUUUAUGGUAUAUAUAUAAAUAUAUAUAUAAACAUUUUACAGCAUGUUGGUUUUUAAAAUAAUAUGGCGAGUACUAGUAAAAUAGAUUUCUUUUAUAUACAAUUAAUCCCUAUGGAUUGAUUAUUUGUUUUUCAAAGAAAAAAAUAUGUUUUUGUUUUGAGAUUUUUUUUGGUUUUGUUUCUUAAAGCUAAAUUGAGAGAGAACCUUAAUAUGAUGAAAGGCACAGUGUGCCUUCUGCAUAACUCUAGGAAGAACCUGGUGGCAACUACCAAUCAAUUUGAUCAUUUCCCACAGAGACAAUAAUAAAUGAUGAGAAACAUAACUUCAAAUCUAAAGCAACCACAAACUGCUAUAAUAAACUAUACAGAAACAAGUCUGUUGCUUUGAAGCUGACAGACUUAGAAUAUGACUUUGAAUAGCAUUGCUACUGUUGAGGGAAUAGAGCACUCAAGAUGUAAAAUGAGGUGGGUUUUUAAAAGGCUUAAUACUAUUUAUUGAACUUGGUACUGCUAGAUUUAAUGGUGUACACUUUUUAAAGAAAUUCAAAUGAUGGCUUAUGUAUAUAAUCUAAAUAAAAAUGGAAUGAGUGUGAUACAUGGAAACAUUUGAUUUAAAAUAGCUAGUAAAAAAAAAUUUGGUAAAGCAAUGUGCAAUUUAUUAAAUGUUAUUGCCAAGAGCCUACGAUGUCAAGUGGCAAAUGCUUGAGUGUUUCACCAAGUUAUAGUAACAGAGUUAGAAAUAGUACCUUUUCUGAGGCAUUACUUUUUAUGUAAAAGUAUGUGUGGGAUGCCGUUAAUUCAGUGAGCCCUUUGUUGUGAGGUCCUGAGUGCCAAUAUCUAGGAAUUUGUUGGUAAUUUAGGAAACCUGACCAUCUGUUUACAGUUUUAUCCUCAUUCAAUCUGCAACUCAUACUUAAUUUCUAGUUAUUUUAUUCAGAUUGGGUUUUUUUGGUUUUAGUUUUUUUGUUUUGUUUUGGUUUUUUUUGGUUAUAAUCCUAAUUUAACUAGCAGAGUGUCCUGUUUUUGUUGCAUGGGUUUUGUUUUUGUUUUAAGCAGUGGGCCAUCAGAUAGUGUCUCACUAAAUUUUAGCCUUAGAAAAUACAUACCACAGUAUGAUAGGGCCUUCUGUCAUCCUUUUGGGAAACUAAAAUCUUGUUAGUGUACAGGGCCUGGGGUAAGGGGACUGCUUAUCCAAAGGGUCAGCGUUCACUGGGUGCUUAUAUUUCUGAAACCAAAUAAACUUUGUAGGCGUGAACACUACCUUUUUAGUACCUGUAAAAUUGGUUCCUCUUUCAUAGUAGGGGUAACUUCUGACUUGAGGAGAUCAUGGGUCUAAAGGUAGCAAAUUGGGAAGUGAAAAUUUUUUGACAACCAGGAUAAUGACAAUUCAGAUCUAAGGGCUCUCUCUCCAUUUUUAGUCUUUAAAUUAUGUACCUUCCAAGACAACCACUGCUGACUUCAGGAGAGGUUGCUUUAUCCCCAACUUAAAAUUCUUCUGAUUCUUUAAAAGGGUUUUUAUUUGCAUGGCCUUAUUUUCAUAGACACUGACAUUUUCUUCUACUCUUCUCCCUUCCUCCCCCCCCCGGGGAGGGGUAGAAAAAAACCACACAAAGGAAAAUGACGCAUGUGCCGUUCAAUAUUAUCAUUCCAAAUCUUCACGGACUGUUGCCUGUUCUUAAAAUAUUUGAAACUGCACUGAAAGCUACAUUUGUCUGUAACUUUUCUUUUGUAAAUGAAUUCACAUGUAAAUUCACCAAAUAAAUAUUACAUUCAAGUUUA